GAUGGAUACGGCACCUGUAGCCGUAGGCCUGCUUUGCUCCACAUAUUGCCACGAGCACCAUUGCAUCUUUUCUGUCACUUUCACUGAGGAAGGGAGGUUAUGCUGCGACCAUGAAAACUAGGAGAGGGCUGUGGAAACGAGAGGCUGUGGAUGGCACCAAUCUGGAUGUCAGCUUAUCCUGAAAGUAUGGAAGAGGAGAAAAAGGAUGAAUAUGUGCAUAAUAAGCCUUCUUCAUUCACCAACCACAGCAGAUUGAAAGGGUACCCAGUUGCCGAUACUCAUGGCUAGGCUGAUCACACAUGCGUCCCUCAAACCAGCUCUUCCAUCCAAGCAAUCAUUUUCUUCCUCCUCUGAUUUCAAGGGCACCCGCCUUGCUGUUCCAACCAAGUACAAACAGAAGACAUGGCAACGAAAAGGAGUGGUUUUAGUAACAGCAUCAACUGCGAAGAAGAUACUCAUAAUGGGUGGCACCAGAUUUAUUGGUGUAUUUUUGACAAGACUGCUAGUCAAGGAGGGCCAUCAGGUGACUUUAUUUACCAGAGGUAAAGCACCAAUCACGCAGCAACUACCUGGAGAAUCAGACCAGGAGUACGCAGACUUCUCAUCCAAGAUUUUGCAUUUGAAAGGAGACAGGCAGGAUUUUGAUUUCGUCAGAACAACACUUGCAACAACAGAUUUUGAUACUGUUUAUGACAUAAAUGGAAGGGAGGCUGUUGAAGUGGAGCCCAUAUUAGAUGCUUUGCCAAAGCUGGAGCAGUACAUCUAUUGCUCUUCAGCUGGGGUAUACCUAAAAUCUGAUCAACUGCCACAUUUUGAGAUUGAUGCAGUUGAUCCCAAGAGCAGACACAAGGGAAAGUUGGAGACAGAGAGUCUGUUGGACAAGAGAGGAGUUAAUUGGACCUCAAUCAGGCCAGUGUACAUCUAUGGGCCACUGAAUUACAACCCUGUUGAAGAGUGGUUCUUCCACCGUCUCAAAGCAGGUCGGCCUAUCCCAAUACCUAACUCAGGCCUUCAAGUGACUCAGCUUGGUCAUGUCAAGGAUCUGGCUAAGGCCUUUGUUGCAGUUCUUGGUAAUGAGAAAGCAAGCAAACAAGUCUAUAACAUUUCUGGAUCGAAGUAUGUUACUUUUAAUGGGUUAGCAAAAGCAUGUGCGAAGGCUGGUGGUUUUCCAGAACCAGAGAUAGUUCACUAUAAUCCAAAGGAAUUUGAUUUUGGAAAGAAGAAGGCAUUUCCAUUUAGGGAUCAGCACUUCUUUGCGUCAAUCGAGAAAGCCACCAGAGAGCUCGGUUGGUCACCUGAAUUUGACCUGAUCGAAGGUCUCGCCGACUCCUACAAUCUGGACUUUGGCCGGGGAACAUACCGGAAGCCAGCGGAUUUCUCCACCGAUGACAUGAUUCUGAACAGAACUCUUGUGCUCCAGAGCUAAUCUUCUUUUCCUUUUGCCAAUUCUCCCCUCCACAUCUCAAAGAGAAAGUUGUAAGAUGCAAAUGAUGGCGUCAAGUUGUCAUGGUCCAAUUAUGGAUCUGAAGACCUUGCUGUUUCUAAUUUUUUUUUGAAUAAGUGGAUGUGGUUGUGCUCA